AUGAUACGUAGCGCUUGUAUAAAUUUCCUGGGGUUCAAGCAACGAAUAAAGAACCCACCACAAUCAUCUACACCUAUGCACCAUGUGUGCCAAACGAAUUAUACACUUAAAUCACAUUCAAAAUGCAGACACUACACAAUGCAAAACAAGAACUGUUCUUCUGAUAUGCCACCACUACCACAGAAUGCCAUGAGUUAUGAUACUCCCAAUUUCCAUUUCAUCAUUUAUGGUAUAUUACAUGGGCAGAUAAAUGAAAAAAGGUGUAGCGGUAAAGAAGGAUCCUUAUUUCUGAAACAAAUGAAGCCUCAUUAUGUACUGCUAGAACUAUGUCAAUAUAGAAUGAAUAAAAUAUUGGACAUCAUUACCAAGAAAAAAAAUUCUCAUCAUUAUUAUGAUAAUAAUUAUAACAAAUUUACGUACCUCCCAAGAAUACAUAAUGGUUUUUUACAAAAUGAAUUUAUACCCAUUAUUCAACAUUGCUUAAAAAAUAAGUUGAGAAUUUUUUUGCUUGAUAGGAAUAUUCAUACCAUUAAAAAUCGCUUAGAUUCUAGACUCUUAUAUGAUACCAGUGCAUAUAGAAAAUUCUUUACUUAUUGUGUUGAAUCUAUAUCCCUUAGACAUUACCCCUUUGCGGAGUUUAUAAAACUAUAUAAUCAGUAUGCUCCUUCCAUUCAAACUUCUCAAGAUCCACUUCACGAUGGCAUAGCAUCAUUUUAUACCAAAGACAUUCCCAUAAAGUUUGUAUAUGGCCGUGAAUAUUAUCAUAAGAAUGAACAGAUUAGCCAAGUAAGUAGCGAACAAAAUAAUGAAGGGCGUAAAAAAAUAGAACCCGAUGCACAUACGAAUGACACCACAACUCCAGAGCUACGCACAAUAGGCAAGCCAAAUAGUAACUCCUCUCCAGAUGCAAGGAAAGAGGGAGAAACAAAAACAAAAUAUAAUAUAAGCACACACACCCAUGAUGCUUAUAAAGAUGAGGAAAUAGACAUUUUAAAAAAAUUAAAUGCCCUGCAUAUACUAAAUAAAAGAAUGGAAAUACUUUCUAAGCCAACAUAUGAUAUACUGGUGGAGGAAAAAUGUAAAUACAUUGCAAGUAAUAUUUGGUGUUUUUUACUAAAUAAUGAAACAAAUUUUUUUGAAAAAAACUCCGUAAAGAAAACAAUUUUUGUCAUGUGUACUGCCAAUAUCGUGAAUAAAUUAGUGCAAGAAAUGGACAUUGCAUAUCUUAGUUUAUGCAAAAAAUAUGAGAUUAAUCAUAAUAAUAGCAAUCCAGAACAAUUAAUAUUUGAAAACCCAUAUAGUUCUUAUGGUACUUAUGUUAAACCUCACUGGCCACUUAUUCUCAUAAAAUAUUAUUUCAUUCCUUAUUUUAUUUUAUAUGUAAUUUUAAAUACCUUUUACGCCCUCACUGUGUGGUUUUACAAGGCAAAUUUUCAGAAAAGUACUUCUCGCUCCCACAAAAUUAUAGACAUUGAAGUGUGA